AAAAGGCGAUUCUAGGAAUAAGGGAUGAGUAAACCGAUCAAUCACCCUCCAGGUCCCGGCCAUUUGAUUGCAUGGAGUAUCCUUCCACAUGCCAAAGAGUUAACCGAUUCACGUGCAGGAACACCAAACUUCGGAGUGUUGUGAGAGCGAAUCAUGCGGAUCACAGAGUCAUUGUAACGAAUUAACAAAAUCUGUCUGCACUGUGGAAACCACUGGACUGUGAAUGAAGAUGGCGGCAGUAGUGCAUACGCAGAAAUCCUACCCUAUGCUGCAGAGACUGUCUGUCAGGACCAUUGAAGAAGAUAUAGAAAGAAUUGAAAAUGGAUCAAGCAGAGCCCACUCACUGUGUGAGGACACAUCCUCCGAGCUGCAGCGUGUGAUUUCUUUGGAUCCUAGAGGUCUAACAGAUUCCCGCAGGAGUUCAUUUACUGGAAGGGGAGCAAUGGUCAGGUUGUCAAGAUUUCUUAUUACAAUGCGCAGCUGGGCCAUGAGGCACAUUACUCAGGAGGACCAGAGGCCAGACUCUUUCCUGGAACGUUUCAGAGGACCAGAGCUCAAAGAGAUGUCCAGCAGGAACAGUAACGCUCAGUCACUCCCGGAAAACCAGGAAAGACUGGAGAAAGCCUAUAGUCAUUGUAUUCUUGCCAACUUCAAUGUAAACAACAGCAACAACACGGAAGAAGAAAAAGAAGAAAAGAAAAAAGAAAUGUUUGUAGUUGAUCCAGCAAGUAAUUUCUAUUACCGAUGGCUGUCAAUCAUAUCUGUUCCUGUGCUAUAUAAUUGGUGUUUACUGGUGUGCAGAGCUUGUUUUGAUGAGCUCCAGAAAAGCCAUACAACACUGUGGUUGGUUCUGGAUUACACUGCAGACCUCAUCUACAUCCUUGAUACAAUAGUGCGAUUCAGAACAGGUUUUCUUGAGCAAGGCCUGCUGGUGAAAGAUGCCAAGAAGUUAAGGGUGCAUUAUUCAAAGACAUUACAAUUUAAACUUGAUAUGCUCUCAUUACUACCAACAGAUUUGGCCUAUUUUAAAGUAGGACUUAACGUGCCAGAGCUACGAUUUAAUCGCCUGCUGAGGUUUGCCAGAAUGUUUGAGUUCUUUGAUCGCACAGAGACCAGAACCAAUUAUCCUAACAUCUUCCGUAUAGGGAAUCUUGUCCUCUACAUUCUAAUCAUCAUACACUGGAACGCGUGCAUUUAUUUUGCAAUUUCAAAAGCCAUUGGGUUUGGAAGCGACACAUGGGUAUAUCCCAACAUCUCUCACCCAGAAUAUGGUCGCCUUGCACGGAAAUAUAUUUACAGCCUUUAUUGGUCAACCUUAACUCUUACUACAAUUGGAGAAACGCCACCUCCAGUCAAGGAUGUAGAAUACCUUUUUGUUGUGUUUGACUUCCUCAUUGGCGUACUGAUUUUUGCAACCAUUGUUGGUAAUGUGGGGGCCAUGAUCUCAAAUAUGAAUGCAUCCAGAGCAGAGUUUCAGGCCAAGAUAGAUUCCAUAAAGCAGUACAUGCAGUUUCGUAAAGUAACCAAGGACUUAGAAGCACGAGUCAUAAAAUGGUUUGAUUACCUCUGGACGAACAAAAAAACCAUGGAUGAGAAAGAGGUGCUAAAAAAUUUACCAGACAAAUUAAAAGCUGAAAUUGCAAUCAACGUUCACUUAGAUACUUUAAAGAAAGUACGAAUUUUUCAGGACUGUGAGGCCGGACUUCUUGUGGAACUGGUACUAAAAUUGAGACCUCAGGUUUUCAGCCCUGGAGAUUAUAUCUGUAGAAAAGGUGAUAUUGGGCGGGAAAUGUACAUCAUCAAAGAGGGGAAACUGGCUGUGGUGGCAGAUGAUGGUGUGACUCAAUUUGUGGUCCUCAGCGACGGCAGUUACUUUGGUGAAAUUAGCAUUUUAAACAUUAAAGGAAGCAAAUCAGGUAAUCGACGGACGGCCAACAUCCGAAGCAUUGGCUAUUCCGAUCUCUUUUGCUUAUCAAAAGACGAUCUGAUGGAGGCUCUUACGGAGUAUCCAGAUGCUAAAACAGCACUUGAAGAAAAAGGACGCCAAAUCCUAAUGAAAGAUGGUUUGAUCGACGAAGAAGCGGCAAGAGCAGGUGCGGACCCAAAAGACGUAGAAGAAAAAGUAGAGAGAAUGGAAACGGCCUUUGACAGUUUGCAGACCAGGUUUGCAAGAUUACUGGCAGACUACAACUCAACUCAGUUAAAACUUAAACAAAGGAUUACCAAGGUAGAGAAAAGAAUGAAGAAAUACAGGAAGGAAUGUGUAUCCGAAGGACCAGACAGUGCAGCAGAAACAGACAAAGCAGAUGACAAUGAAAAUGAGAACUAGACAUGUAGCCAGAUUAAACACUUUAACACAUAUUUUAUACAUAAAUUUACUAAUGGACUGUUAUGCUUAUCCUGACAUCUUGUUAAAUCUAUUUUUUUCUGGUAAAAGAGCAAUAUUGCUACAUCCAUACAGGGAAGAACCUUUUAUAAGCUGAGUUUUUGCAAUAUAUUUUUAUAUGCCAAUGCUUUUAGAAUGAACUUUUUUUUUAAGAAAUAAGAUAAAUGUAUGUGUAUUUGUAAGGUCAUAGAGAAUUGUAGCAACAAAAAAAAACAGGUGCAACCAACUACAAAUCACAAUGUUAGAAACGCUUUUGGAACAUUUACAUUUUAGUAAUUGUGAGAUGGAAAUGCCACUUGGCCAAUGCUUUGGGAUGUUUUAAUAAAGAAUAAUCCUGAGGUCACUAUAUGUGUUGUAAAAAACAGUAAUGUUACGUUUAUAUAGGAUAUUAUGGGGAUGACCAAGUGAAAAUUUUACAGACAUGAUUAAACAUACUUGACAAAGUUUAAAUGUAA